CUUACCGCACUUUGGGGAAUCGUUGUUACCAGUGGGUGCACUUUUGAAAGAAAACACUCCCCAUCAAAGAUGAUUCACUGUGGCACUGUGUGGUCUUUUGCUCGAUGUUUAGUUCGUAGAAAAAUCAUAAACCAAAAUAAUCUUGAAGAUAGCAAACUAUGUCGCUGUUUGUCCACCAUAGACCUGAUAGCACUGGGAGUUGGUAGCACUCUCGGAGCUGGUGUUUACGUUCUAGCUGGUGAGGUUGCCAAAUGGGAUUCCGGACCCAGCAUUAUCAUCUCUUUCCUAAUUGCGGCAUUGGCUUCAGUGAUGGCUGGUCUGUGCUAUGCAGAAUUUGGGGCCCGUGUUCCAAAGACUGGUUCUGCAUAUCUAUACAGUUAUGUGACUGUUGGUGAACUCUGGGCAUUCAUCACAGGCUGGAACUUAAUUCUUUCUUAUGUCAUUGGUACUUCAAGUGUUGCCAGGGCAUGGAGUGGUACCUUUGAUGAACUUGUUGGCAAACAGAUUGGAUAUUUCUUUGGCACAUACUUCAGGAUGAAUUCACCAGGAUUAGCAGAAUAUCCAGACUUUUUUGCAGUGUGUCUUAUAUUAUUAUUGUCUGGUCUUCUGUCAUUUGGUGUGAAGGAGUCUGCUUGGGUUACUAAAAUAUUUACGGCCAUCAACAUCGUGGUCCUUAUAUUUGUUAUUAUCACGGGAUUUGUGAAAGGAGACAUAGAGAAUUGGAAGAUCACUGAAGAGUCGCUCAUAAACUUCACAGCUAUUACAAACAAUCUGUCAUCUUCAGAGAAUGUCACCAGCAAUUAUGGUAUGGGUGGUUUUACACCAUAUGGAUUAGCUGGAACAUUGGCUGGUGCUGCUACCUGCUUUUAUGCUUUUGUUGGGUUUGACUGUAUUGCUACUACAGGUGAAGAGGUGAAAAAUCCCCAAAAGGCUAUUCCCAUAGGAAUUGUGACUUCCCUUUUGGUUUGCUUCCUGGCAUACUUCGGAGUUUCAGCAGCACUGACCCUCAUGAUGCCUUACUACCUGCUGGAUGCAAGAAGCCCACUUCCUGUUGCCUUUGAAUAUGUUGACUGGGGUCCUGCAAAAUACCUGGUGGCAGUGGGAUCCCUUUGUGCACUAUCAACAAGCCUGUUGGGGUCUAUGUUCCCUUUACCCAGAAUUCUGUUUGCAAUGGCACGAGACGGUUUACUGUUCAGUUUUCUGGCAAAAGUGAGUAAGAGGCAGACACCAGUUGUUGCAACACUGGCAUCAGGGGUCAUCUCUGCUAUCAUGGCAUUCCUCUUUGAUCUUAAAGCCUUGGUGGAUAUGAUGUCUAUUGGGACACUCCUGGCAUACACUCUGGUAGCAGCGUGUGUACUGCUCCUAAGGUAUCAACCAGAUUCACUCUAUGCAAAACAAAAAUGCUCUUCAGAAAGACAGAAGCUCACAGCUGAGGAAGAUGGUGAAUUGGAUGAAAAUGAAUCAGAUUCCCAUACGACCAUGCUGAAAAAUCAAGACUUCAGCUGUUCAUCAUUGCUGAAUCCCUCCAUGAUCCCAACAGAACAAACAUCAACUGUAGUAUAUGGUUGUGUUGGGCUUAUAGCUGUUAUCACUUGUGCAUUGAGUGUGCUGAUUACUUAUGCCAAUGAAGCCAUUCUUUCUGCGGUGCCCUGGAGCAUAGGGAUUCUUGCUGUAUUACUGAUUAUGUUUGGUGUCUCUGUUUUCAUCAUCCACAAACAACCCCAAAGUCAAAUCAAAGUGGCUUUCAUGGUGCCACUUUUACCAUUCCUGCCUAUUAUCAGCAUCUUUGUUAAUAUCUACCUGAUGAUGCAGUUGAGCGGGGGAACUUGGAUUCGUUUUUCUAUUUGGAUGGCUGUUGGAUUUGCGAUCUACUUUGGUUAUGGCAUCAGACAUAGUGUUGAAAGUCACCAUGAUGACGAAUCGGUGCACAGUGAAACUGAAAACAUAAAGAAUUUAGAAGGAAUGGACAACAAUGAAAUGGCAACUGAGCUUGACCAGUUUAUUCUUCAUGAAAAGACCAGCGAAUGUUAGCUUUAAAGAGCAAUAUAACAUGCCAGUUUGC